UCUAAAGCAUCUAAAGAAAGGUCUCUUGACAAUAUUUUCCUGUGUAUAUAUAACCAAUAUAUUCAAUCUCUUCUGUACCAACAACACAACAAGAAGAAAGCAUAAACAAGAGAUUACAAAUUACCAUAUUAGCAAAAGAAAGGAAAAAACACAGAAAAUGGAUCCAAAAGGAGCUGCACCUGCUGUGCCAACUCGAGUGUAUGAAGAUUUUGUGCCAACUACAGAGUUGGUUCAAGAGCAAGACUCUGAUACUCUUCUCCUUAAUCUCACAGGUUUCAAGAAGGAACAAGUGAGGGUUCAACUGACCAAAUCAGGAAUUCUGAAGAUCAGUGGACAAAGGCCAGUUGGACAGAACAAUUGGCUUCGUUUCCAGAAGGACUUCCCUAUUUCAGAAAAUUGUGACAAAAACAAAAUCAGUGCAAAGUUUGAAAAUUGCAUUCUUUAUGUUAAACAACCAAAACUGAUAACUUCAGCAGAGAAAAAGGAUAAAGAAUUGCCAACCCCUGAUACUCAACAGCCCAAGAAACCAGCAGAUCAUGCACAACAGGUUCAUAAGAAAGACGAAGAACAAGUGAAAAGCCAAGAAUUGCCAACCCCUGAUACUCAACAGCCCAAGAAACCAGCAGAUCAUGCACAACAGGUUCAUAAGAAAGACGAAGAACAAGUGAAAAGCCAAGAAUUGCCAACCCCUGAUACUCAACAGCCCAAGAAACCAGCAGAUCAUGAACAACAGGCUCAAAAGAAAGACGAUGAACAACCGAAAAGCCAAGAAUUGCCUAAGCAGGCUAAUACUGAUAAUGCCGCGGCAAAAGAACCAGAAAAAGAAGAACCAAAGAUCACGAGUCCUGAAACGAAUGAACAAACAACAGAAGCUAAAGAUCUCCCAGAGAAAACUCCUGCUGAGAAAAGUAAAAAUGUUGAAGAUGAAAACAAACCAAGUUAUGACACUAAACAUGAAAAUGAUGCAAAGAUGGGAACUGGAGUUGCUUUAGCUGAGAAGCUGAAGAUGCCAAGGAAAGUGAUGAACAUGACUCUGAUUGCUCUUUUGGUUCUUGGAAUUGGCCUUUACAUCAGCAAUAUGAUGAAGUCUAACAAUUACCAAGCUGAAAAAUGAAGCUUUUCAUCGAUCAAAAUCAGAAAGUUGGGAUAUUUGCAUUCCUCCCAGCUGUGAGCCUUGAAUGAAUAACUCACUGACUACUUCCUUUUUCUCAUUGCUGAAUUGUGUACAUGAAAUCUGUUUCGAAUCUGAAAAAUAUUCAUACGAAUAAAACAUGACUUUUACUAAGGUGUUC